CAGCCCUAUAAGCAACCAUUUCUCUCUCUCUCUCUCUCUCUCUCUAUGCCACUGGACCCGGCUAGCGGCACUGAUUUCAACUCUCUUGCUGUUUCCUCUCUCGCAAUCUUCUCUCAGUAUAUUCAAAUACGUCUCUCUCUCUCUCUGGAUUCCGUUCAGAGACUAAACAAAACCCUAGGAGACGGGCUUGAAGUAUUCACGAAACAAUUCAAUGAACUGUGGUGGAGUGUCUAACUAUGAUUCGGGAUUGGUAGAAUUUGUAGCCUAAAUUGAAGAAGGUUUGAUCUUGUUCAAAUCGAUUGUAUUUUAGUAUCAAUUCUCUCAGCCGGAUGGAUGGGAACACGCAGAAUUUUUUCAAGAAACGCCCCAGCUUCCAAUUUAAGAAGAAAGGAGGCAAUAAGAAAGGAAGAUGGAAUAAUUUAAGCCGUGAACAGUUUUCAGGGGAUUCUCAAGCUGUUGAUACCGUCUAUCGUAUACUCUGCCCUUCUAGAAAAAUUGGCGGUGUCAUUGGAAAAGGUGGCAGCAUAGUCAAAGCCCUGAGAGAAGAGACACAGGCGAAGAUUACGGUUGCCGACUCUGUUCCUGGCUCAGAUGAGAGAGUAAUUAUUAUCUAUAGUUCUCCUAACAAAAUUUCAAGGAAACAAAAUGAUGAUGAAGAUUCAGCUGGGGAGAAUGAAAUGGAGCCCAUGGAGCCUUACUGUGCUGCCCAGGAUGCUCUCUCAAAAGUUCAUGACAGGAUUAUUGAGGAAGAUCUCUUUGGUGGCAUGACAUUUGAUGAUGAUAAUGAUAACAAUGUUGUCACUGCACGGCUUUUAGUUCCAAAUUACAUGGUAGGAUGUCUUCUUGGCAAAGGUGGAGAUGUUAUUCAAAGAUUGCGGAGCGAGACAGGUGCAAAUAUUCGUGUUCUUCCUGCAGAUCAUCUUCCUGCAUGUGCUAUGGGCACUGAUGAAUUGGUGCAGAUAUCUGGAAAACCAGAUGUGGCAAAGAGAGCACUUUACGAAGUAUCAACGCUGUUGCAUCAGAAUCCACGCAAGGACAAAUCUCCUCUGAAUUUUGCUAUGCCUUUUGGAGGCCAAGGAUUUCAUCCUCCUGGAGCUCCCAUGCCUAGUAUGCUUCCACCUGGAAAUCCAAUUUGGUCCCAUCGGAAUCCUAGUUCCCAUGGUAUGCCGCCUACGCCAUGGAUGGAGGGGUAUGGAAAUCAGCAUUCCAGAUUUGUACCAGGGGGUUUCAAUGAUGUUCCUCCUGGACCUGGUGCUGAAGCUUCAGCUGAGUUCUCUAUGAAAAUUUUGUGCUCAGCUGGGAAAAUUGGUGGGGUGAUUGGCAAGGGAGGUUCUAAUGUAAAACAAUUACAGCAGGAGACAGGAGCCAGUAUACACGUUCAGGAUGCAUCAGCUGAGUCGGAUGAACGUGUGAUUCGGGUGUCUGCUUUUGAGGCUCUCUGGAAUCCAAGAUCAGAAACCAUUGAAGCAAUUCUUCAGCUUCAGAAUAAAGUUAGUGAACACGCUGAAAAAGGUAAUAUCAUUACUAGGCUUCUUGUCCCGUCAAGUAAGGUUGGUUGCAUUCUUGGUCAAGGAGGUCAUGUUAUUAAUGAGAUGAGGAGGAGAACCCAGGCAGACAUUCGUGUUUACUCCAAAGAUGACAAGCCUAAGUGUGCAGCCGAUGAUGAAGAGCUUGUGCAGGUGUCUGGAAACUUUGGUGUUGCUAAAGAUGCAUUGGCAGAGAUUGCCUCAAGGCUCAGAGUGAGAACUCUGCGGGACGCAAAUGCUGGAGCAGAAAGUGCUCCUGUUGGCCCUGCCCGGGGAUUUGGUUCUGUAGGAAGCAUGCCUGGUGGUGGGUUCCCACCAUCUGGCCCAAUGGGAGCUGGUAGCUCUGGUAGAUAUGAUCCCCUAAAGGUUGAUGGACAUGAAUAUGAACCCCAGAGCUAUCCAGUUACGGCAGCUGCUACUGGAUACCCCAAUGUCAAUAGUGCUUUGGAUGUUAAGAUUCCAAACAAUGCAGUUAGUUCUGUUAUUGGUUCAGGAGGGAGGAACAUUUCCAAUGUUGGUGAGGUUGGGGGAGCAAGAAUGAAGCUCCAAGACUCUCAAUCUGGUGGCUCUGAAUGCGUGGUCGACAUCCGGGGUUCUUCCGAGCAUUUUAGUGCAUCACAGAGUAUCCUUCCAUCCUUCCCGGCUUCUUCUCAGCAAAACUCGUACCAGAACGUAAAUGCUCAGCAAGGCUCGUACCAGAACGUGAAUGCUCAGCAAAGCUAUCAAGGCUCCUAUCAGCAAAGCCCCUACCAAUUGAUUGGUCAGCAAGGAUCGUACCCCAACAUUAGUGUACCGCAAGGGACCUACCACAACAUCAGUGCACAGCAAGGCUACCAGUACUAACUCUGAUUUGGGCAAUUUUGUACCAUAAUUACUUCUUGUGUUCAAAUUAGCAUACUGACAAAAUGCUUAGAGGUUCAGUUAUCACGUGACUGUCAUGAGGUUGUUUAGGUGUGAACUAAAAGAUAGAAAUUUCUGCUCUGCUGUGCUCUGAGGGAGUUGUAAGGAGCAUCUUUGUGCGGUAUAAGAUUACUUAUUGUUUUUCUCUCCCGAUUACUGUAUAGACAAUUCAAAUAUUGUCGUCUGAGUUUA